GUGAAUUGGAUUGGGGUUGCGGAAAUUAGCCAAUCAAGACGAGGCAGCUUCGUCUUGAUUGGCUAACUUUCAAUUCGCAAACCGCAAUUCUAAUCCAAUACAUGUCCGCAAUACGUAGUGUGACACCGGCUUUAGAAUGGCCUAUGGACUAGCUUAAUACGAUCCUUUGAGCUACAUCUGCAACAAACCAAACCUCCACAAAUAGUCACAUUAAUGCCAGAGCGACUGAUGGUUUGGUGCUCUUUUGGCUCAGCGGACCUAUAACAGAGUGACUAAUGACCCAUUAAACGAGAAGAAGAAAAAUUACAAGAUUGAUGCAUAUCAAAAAUAUAAAUUGUUGUUAAACAAAUAUGAUAAAUUACAUUGAAGUGAAGAAUAGAUUAAUAGUAGUGACGACUAAAGAUCGCGUUUUGUUGAUAUGUAUUAAAUUCAAAUGAAAGUAACUCGAGAACCAAAAAACGAGAGUGUAAAGCAAUUUACGUAUCAACUUCAUAAAGAUGAAUUCAGGAAAGAGUAAUGGUGAAAGUAGCAAUGGACUAGAAAACAUUGAUAUACACGGACAGGAAUUUUUAAGAGAUGCAUUGACAAGUUGCACAGAUCCGCUCAAAGCAAUCGAAGAAAUUCAGUUACAACAUGGAAUUUUGUUGCCAUCACUGAGGCCUAUGUUGCCUCUUCUUGAUUUACAUGGGGUUAGAAGGUUGGAUUUUCAUGCUUCGGUACUUGAAGAACUGCGAGAAAAAUUAAUCAAACGAAUUAAUGAGAUUGGUACUGAAAGAGCUGAUAAAGGUGCAUCCGGAGAUCGAAGACUAAAGGAUUUAUUAUCUAAAAGUUUCCCAGCUGUGAGAGUUGAUGCCUUGAGACCAAUUGUUAUGUGUAUUUUAAGAAAUACACCGCACAUUGAAGACAAAGUUUUGCGAGUAUUAGUUAGAGAAAAAGAAUUGUAUAAUGAUGCUGAUACAGAAGUAAAACGCCAAAUAUGGAAGGAUAAUCAAAGUCUUUUUGGAGAUGAAGUUUCACCUUUAUUCAGUCGUUACAUUAUUGAGAAGGAACAAAUUCUAUUUGAUCAUAGAAAUUUGAACACUUUGUUUUUUACACCAUCACCUAAGGUAAGAAGACAAGGAGAAGUUGUACAAAAAUUAGCACAUAUGAUUGGACGUAGUGUAAAAUUAUAUGACAUGGUGUUGCAAUUUUUAAGAACUUUGUUCUUACGUACAAAAAAUGUUCAUUACUGCACCUUAAGAGCAGAAUUAUUAAUGGCAUUGCAUGAUUUAGAGGUACAAGAGAUUAUUUCAGUGGACCCUUGUCACAAGUUCACAUGGUGUUUGGAUGCAUGCAUCAGAGAAAGAAACGUAGAUGUUAAGAGAUCACGAGAGUUGCAAGGAUUUUUGGACAGUAUUAAGAAAGGACAAGAACAAGUAUUAGGAGAUCUAAGUAUGAUUCUGUGUGAUCCUUAUGCAGUCAACUUUUUAGCUACAAGUGCGAUCAAAAUAGCGCUUCAUUUGAUAAACUCAGAGACAUUACCUAGAGACAACUCAGUGCUUGUGUUGCUAUUGAGAAUGCUAGCAUUAGGAUUAUCUGCUUGGUUAAUGAUAGAUAAACAAGAAUUUAAAGAACCAAAACUGGACAGCCAAGUUGUCACAAAAUUUUUACCAGCUCUUAUGUCACUCAUGGUUGAUGAUCAAAUAAGACAAUUGAAUUGUAAGCUCCCACCAGAUGAACGAGAAAGUGCUAUUGCAGUAAUAGAACAUUCUGGACCACCUCCUGAUGCAUGUCAAGCAUAUGCUCAGCUCUCUGGAGUAGCAGCAGUUUUGUCUAUGUAUUACGCCUUACAUGUCGGAGGUAGUGGUGGAGUUGGUAAAAGCCGCGGGGAUGCUACAGGUUUAAUGAGAGUACUCGCUACACUUCCGAAUUGUGAAGAACACCGGGCUUAUGAAGAUCCAUUUUUGCAUACAUUGGUAUCAUUGUUAAUAUUAAACAUGUCUGAUGAAUUUUCCAACGAAUCAUUCUGCACCGUUAUAUUUGACGAAUUCUUAUUAGGUGGUUUAGGUAGAGAUAAUGUUACGCGACACCUAUUAAAGUUGCUUUGGUACAUACAUUCUAAAUUGCCAGCCACGCGAUUGCAUUCGUUAUUAAAAGCCUUGCAACCAACUAGUCAGCAUAAUGAGGCAGUUCAUAACCUUUACGAAUCUCUGAGGCUCAAAGUCGGUACUAACUCUACAGAAGAUCACUUAGCACCAUCUCAAAUGGACACAUUAGGUAUUGAUUGUUCAUCCUCUGUGCUUACUGGAAUGUCAAGCACAUGCCCACUUUAAAAAUAUCCGUCCAGUUAAUCUGGGCAAAGCGAUGAACUCAUAAGUUUAAGUAUAAGCAACAGCUUUACACAUGUAUUAUAUGUAUGUACUGUUGUUGCUAUCGUUGAGAUCAUCACAUCUGUAUUUUUUAUCUCUAAUAGAUCAGUAUGUAUAUAAAUUUCCAAAACUUCUUUUAUAAAUUUUAAUAAAGUAUAUAU